AUGGUCCUACUGCUGGCCCUGCUCCCAGGGAUCUCCACCUUGCCCAGCGGGCCACCUGGUAUGUGCGGACAGACAUGGGGCAAGCCGGGCCGGCGGGCAGGUGGGCGCAGCUGGAUCCUGAAGGCGACACUCCACCCCCAGGCGGCCCUGGCCCGGUCCUCCCCGCGCUGGAGCCUGGCCCUGCACCGCUGCUGGGUGACGCCCUCCUCACGUCCGGCCCCAGGACCCACCCUGGCGCUACUGCGAGGGGGCUGCCCCGUUGAUUCCUCGGUCACCUUCCUGCCACCACGCCCUGGGGCCGCCCGCUUCAGCUUCCGUCUGCGCCCGGUCUUCAAUGCCUCUGUGCAGUUCUUGCACUGCCAGCUGAGCCGCUGCCGCCUCCGGGGAACCCACCGGACUCCUGAACCUCUGACGCUGCCGCCCCAGUCGCCGUGUCUGCCUCAGGAAGAGGCGUGCGCCAGCAGUGGCGGCGGCGAGAGUCUGGGUGCCAACGGCCCCCACCUGCACACACUGACGCAGCCCAUCGUGGUCACGGUGCCACGGCCGCCCCUCAGGCCACCUAAGGGCGUCCCCGGCAUAGCCGUACGCCCUGAGCCUCCUGCGCCGGCCCCGGUGGCCCUGGAGCUCGCACCGUUGGUGGCGCUGGUGGUGGCCGCCUUCUUGUUGGGCGCCGCGCUGGUCGCCGGGCUCGGCCUCGUGUGCGCGCAUUCAGCAGCCCCCAGGGGGCGCCCUUGCACCGGGCCAGCGUUCAGCAACCCCUACUGCUCCGGAGCCUGCCUCUCACUUCCAGCGCCCCCAUCUCCCAGCCCACCCCCGAGAGCCUUGCCUAGUGAUCCGCAGCCCAGAAGACCCCAGUGAGGCAGGGUGGCAUGGGUCGCCCCUUCAAGGGAAGGCGCACCCCCAGCAGAGUCCAGGGACGCACCCGCCAGGCUUAUGUCGGAGCAGACUCACCAGUCUGGACCGCAGCCUUCGACCUCGGACCCCACGGGACCACGAUCCC